UGGCGGCGGCAGCUAGUGCUCGGCAGCACGGAUCGCGUUGGCCUUGCCCGGCCCUCACGGCACUGGGCACGGAGAACGGCCAUGCCGCCGAGGCGCAGCAUCGUGGAGGUGAAGGUGCUGGACGUGCAGAAGCGGCGCGUGCCCAACAAGCAUUAUGUCUACAUCAUCCGAGUCACGUGGUCCAGUGGCACCACAGAGGCCAUCUACCGGCGCUACAGCAAGUUCUUCGACCUUCAGAUGCAGAUGUUGGACAAGUUCCCCAUGGAAGGAGGACAGAAGGAUCCCAAGCAAAGAAUCAUCCCAUUUCUGCCAGGCAAAAUCCUCUUCCGCCGCAGCCACAUCCGGGACGUAGCCGUCAAACGCCUGAUACCAAUUGAUGAGUACUGUAAGGCCCUGAUUCAGCUGCCCCCCUACAUCUCCCAGUGUGAUGAGGUGCUGCAGUUUUUCGAGACAAGACCCGAGGACCUUAAUCCUCCCAAAGAGGAGCACAUCGGGAAGAAGAAAUCAGGGAGUGACCUGACCUCAGUGGACCCCAUGGUCCUGGAGCAGUAUGUGGUGGUAGCAGACUAUCAGAAGCAAGAGAGCUCAGAGAUCAGCCUCAGUGUGGGCCAAGUAGUGGACAUCAUUGAGAAGAAUGAGUCAGGCUGGUGGUUUGUCAGCACUGCUGAAGAGCAAGGCUGGGUCCCCGCAACCUGCCUCGAGGGCCAGGAUGGGGUCCAAGAUGAGUUCUCCCUCCAACCCGAGGAAGAGGAGAAGUACACAGUCGUCUACCCAUACACAGCGCGUGACCAGGAUGAAAUGAACCUGGAGAGAGGGGCUGUGGUGGAGGUCCUCCAGAAGAACCUGGAAGGCUGGUGGAAGAUCAGGUUCCAGGGCAAAGAAGGCUGGGCCCCUGCUUCCUACCUAAAGAAGAGCAGUGGGGAGCCCUUGCCCACAAAGCUGGGCCCCAGCUCAUCUGCUCACUCAGCGGCCCUUGACCUGGAUGGUGUUUCACGGCAGCAGAAUGCUAUGGGCAGGGAGAAGGAGCCGCUCAACAACCAGAGAGAUGUCCGGUUUGAAGGUCGCCUGGUGCCAGAUGGUGACGUUAGGCAGAGAUCACCAAAGAUGAGGCAAAGACCCCCUCCUCGCCGGGACAUGACCAUUCCUCGAGGCCUCAACCUGCCAAAGCCACCCAUCCCGCCCCAGGUGGAAGAAGAGUAUUAUACCAUUGCCGAGUUCCAGACCACAAUCCCAGAUGGCAUCAGCUUCCAGGCCGGCCUGAAGGUGGAGGUGAUUGAAAAGAGCUUAAGUGGUUGGUGGUACAUUCAGAUGGAAGAUAAGGAGGGAUGGGCACCAGCAACCUUCAUUGACAAAUACAAGAAGACCAGCAGUGCCUCAAGGCCUAACUUCCUGGCUCCCCUGCCCCAUGAGAUGACUCAGCUCCGGCUUGGGGAUGCAGCUGCAACGGAGAACAAUACGGGUCCAGAAGCGGUGGGGCCCUCCAGGCCCCUGCCCGAGGCACCACAUGGUGCUCUGGACUCUGGGAUGCUGUGGUCCAAAGACUGGAAAGGAGGAAAGGACACUCCGAAAAAGGCAUCCUCAGACCUGUCUGCCUCGGCAGGCUACGAGGAGAUCUCAGACCCUACCCAGGAGGAGAAGCCCAGCCUGCCUCCGCGCAAAGAGUCCAUCAUCAAGUCUGAGGAAGAGCUGCUGGAGAGGGAGAGACAGAAGAUGGAGCCGCUCCGGGGCUCCUCCCCUAAGACCCCUGGCAUGAUUUUGCCGAUGAUUCCAGCCAAGCAUGCCCCGCUGGCCCGGGACAGCAGGAAACCAGAGCCCAAACCUGACAAAAGCAAGUUCCCGCUGAGAAAUGACAUGGGGCUAGAGUGCGGCCACAAGGUGCUGGCCAAGGAAGUCAAGAAGCCCAAUCUCCGGCCCAUCUCCAGGUCCAAAGCCGAGCUGCCUGAGGAGAAAGUGGAAGCCACGCCCCAGAAUCUAUUCUUGAAGUCUAGACCUCAGGUUAGGCCCAAACCAACUCCUUCCCCCAAAACAGAGCCAGCUCAGGGGGAAGACCAAGUGGACAUCUACAAUCUCAGGAGCAAACUCAGACCCGCCAAGUCCCAGGAAAAAUCCUUAUUGGAUGGAGAAAGCCACCACGCUGGUGGUGGCCAUGACACAGCCUUCAGCCGAAGCUUCCUUCCCGGGGAGGGACCUGGCCGUGGCCAGGACAGGUUUGGCAGACAGGAUGGACUGAGUCCAAAGGAGUCACCCUGCAGAGCCCCUCCCAGGCCAGCCAAGACCACAGACCUCGGGCCCAAGAAUGUGCCUGUGCCUGUCCAAGAAGCCAUCCAGCAAAGACCCGUGGUCCCACCUCGGAGACCCCCACCUCCCAAGAAAACCUCCUCAUCACCAUUGUCCUGCAGGCCCCUCCCAGAGAUCGGGGGCCCACAGCGUGAAGAAAGCAGAGCCGCUCCCUCCGCAGGCCGGGCCCUCCUUGUCCCUCCGAAAGCCAAACCCUUCCUCUCCAACUCGUCGAUGGGCCAAGAUGACAUGCGAAGCAAAAGCGGGCCGGGGCCACGCGUGGCUGGCAAGGCGGGAGAAAACAGAGAGAAAGCAGCCUCCUUCCUCAAUGCUGAUGGCUCUAAGGACUCGCUGUAUGUGGCUGUGGCCAACUUUGAAGGCGACGAAGACACCAGCAGCUUCAGGGAAGGGACCGUGUUUGAAGUCCGGGAGAAGAGCAGCAGUGGCUGGUGGUUCUGCCAGGCCCUUAGUGGGGCUCCUUCCUGGGAAGGCUGGAUCCCUUCCAACUACCUCCGGAAGAAACCCUAGCUUCCCCCACCCUGCCCAGAGA